AUGGCCGGCCCUGGCCCUGGCCCUGGCCCUGGCCCCGGCACGCCGGGCGGCACCGGGACGCGCUUGGCGCAGGACGCGCUCGACAAAGCGCCGGGGAGACGGCGGCCUGCACUCGCUUCCUUCUCCGCCUUCAGCUUCGUCCCGCCCAAACGGGAAGGGCCCCCGGAGCUCAGCUAUUUCAACCGGCCGCACAAGACAGGAGAUUUUUUCACCUAUGAUGCCGUUUUUAAAAUACCAGAAGGUUAUGAUCAGUAUCUUCCGCAAUGUGACAGAAAACACGCAAAGGGUCGUGGCCUUAAAAUUCAUGAGGAGGAAAUGGCAAGAACCGUUCCUGUGCGGACAUCUUCAGAGUAUGGGAAGCGCAUACAUGAGCCCUUAGACCCAGCAACCAAAGAGCAUGUAAGGGUUCAUAGCCUGCAUGCAGCAAUCUAUGGGGAAGGCAGCCGCCCUGCUCAUUGAAAAACCCUUCUCCAGGCCUGGAUCCAUGGGAAAUCUCUUGUAUCUGUCA